UGCUGUUCAUAGCUUCCUUCUGGGCCGCCUCCAUCAUCGCGGCUUCUUCCUUCAGCCACUUCUCGCCGUUCUCGCGGAUCUGCUUCUCGAGCUCCAUGUAGUUGCGCUGGCCGCGCUCGCGGGCGACGUCUUGUAGCAUCUUGCCCUGUGCGAAAGCCUCGGCGGGGUUUUGCUCGCCUUCGGGGGAGACCAUCAUGCUCAUGUUACUGGGGUUGAGACCGAGGAGGUUGCCUAGAGCGCCGACGCCAGAGCCGUGCUUUUGCUUGUGGGCGAGUUGCUUGGCCUGGAACUCCUUUCGGGCGAUGGCUUCACGACGGGCGAAUUCGGUGGGGAUGUGCUUGCCGUCGAAAGACUUGAGGACCUUGCGAACGUCGUCGUACUGCAUGGUGUGGAUGUACUCGAGGAAGGGAAUAAGGUUCACGAGCUCCUUAUCGUUACGGUCACCCUUCCAGGGUUCAAGGAUGAUGGCGUUUUCAGGUUGGUUGCGGACGUGCUUGGGGUUGCUGUCGAUGAUGAUGACCUUCUUCAAGUCACGGUUGAGGUAAGAAAGGUCCUAAGCUGUUAGCGCAAGAACAUUAAUAGCUAUUGAGGACGCUUACCUUGACGAUCUCUCCAUCCUCAAACUUGGUAGCCUCUCGGUAGAGGGGCCACAAGAUUAAUCGGAAAGGAUCCAACUUCCUCAUGAUAGGCUCUCCAGUUGCAAACGGCACAGAGGUGAAAAGGACCAGCUCAUAGUACUGACUAAGAUACCGUAUGAAGUAGUCCACACCAGGUCGCUUUGCAAUUCUCCAGCCAUGUUCACGGGACCACUCGCUAUGAACGAGAAGGUCAUCCAAGCUCAGACAGAGUGUAUAAGGGCGCUCGAACGAAGGAUCGGGAUCGGGGAGGAGCUUCUCGAAUGCAGGCUCUUGGUAGUAAGUGACAGACUCGGUCAAACGGGUCUUGGCGCGCUUCCACCACAAACCAAGGCCAGGGCCGUUAGGAAUGUCAGAGUGACGCUCAGCUUCAAUGGUGUCUUCCCAGUUUCGGCCCAUGUAUAGAACGCUCAGAGUUCCACCGGCAGCAGUCGCAAUAAGCAUGAAUCUUGUCCACCACUUGCGAUUUCGCUCAGACGUAGAGACAUAUUCCGAUCGUUCACGUCCGCCACUAGAUUCAGCCUCCUCCAUCUCCUGCAGCUCCUUCUGCUCCUUCUGCUCCUUCUUCUUAUCACCACCCAUCUCCUCAAACAGUGUCGAAGGAAUACCCUGUGUCAGAUCGGGUAGCUUGUGGAAAGGUAUUUGCUCCCCCUCCUUCGGAGCCUCGGUAGACUUCUCGCCAGCCUUGUCGACGUCAUUCUCAGCAGGCUUCUCGACGUUUUCAGCAUCGUUUUGCGCCUGGGAAGGCUUCUGUUUCGAAUCUUUGUUUUGUUGAGAGGAGGAUUUCUUGGCGUAUGUUCGGAUCCAUGGCGAGGCAAAUUGAGGAGCGACGGCGGGAAGAGCUCGGAGAGAAGGAGAUGCGACGGGCCGUGACAGACGAGCUGUCAUCAAGCCCAAGCGCGAAGCCUGGGCUACUCUGGACAGCAUAGCGAAGGGAGAGGAACUGAACCGCUGUGGCUGGAGGAGUUGUUUGGCGGUUUCGAUGGUGAAGGAUCCAACUUCAAUGGCCUGGGGUGUUGACGUGCAGCUUGACGAAGUUGGUCUGAUACUCCGCCAUAGAAUGGCAUGGCGUCGUCGGCCGUGGAAAAAAAUCGCACGGUUCUGCUCCAAAGUGGAGCAUCUUGAGGGAAGACACCGCGGAUUAGCCGUGCUCAGUGGCACGGACUUUUGAUAGGCCGAUGGCGUCAUAUUCUCUUAUCGCUCACGUGAAAUCGGGACAUCAGCUCCGGUCGCCCUCCGAUCAUUAACCCCUCCAUGAUGCCCAGUAAAGACCCUUGUUCAGUGAAUUGGCCAUUGAAGUUGAUGACAUUCUCAAACAAGAAGACGAUAUUUAACAGUGCAAGCGCUUCUCUAUUCCUUAUCUCAUUUCCAUCGCUUCGCUUGUGACAUCGAGAGUCUUCCGACGAUUUCUCUCUAGCAAAAGAAUUUCUCUUCACAAAAGAUAUUCCUUUUUUUUUUUCGCCACGAUCUAAGUAGUCCCCGAUUAUUCCGACUAGCUACCCGAGACCAAGUUGAUGCCGCCUUUCUAAAGUGCUUUCUCAUCGAUUGCUUCUACACCAUGAUACCCACCCUCAUGACAAACCUCACUUCUCGAAACUAAACGAAACCCUUCACCAUUCGACAAUUAGCCUACGCCCUUUGUCAUCUCCUUCAGCCCUACCUACCCACCUCAAUUCUCGUUAUCGUCGAAAUUCUCCUCUUUGCCACUUAAUACUCACAACCACUCACCAUGGCCCGACGAUCGAGCAAGAGCUCAGCGUCUCGCCCAGCGCUGAGCUCCCGUCCAGCUGGCUCAAUACGCAUCGUGAUGCCUUCAACCAAAAGCGCACCUCCAGCAGACCCUGCGCCCGCCGUCACAGAAGAAGAUGUCAACAAGAUCAACAUCGCCGACUUGACCCUCGACGUCCCUCUCAUUCCUCUCCGCCCAAAACGCCGAGUCCCAAAAACCCCUUUUCACUUUCUCUCACUUCCCGCCGAAGUGCGCAUUCAGAUUUACACAUACUUCUUCGACGAUGUCGAUACGCUUUUAGAUCUCGGUCCUCAGAAUUAUAAGCGCGUGCAUAAGAAACUAGGUCUUAUGCGCGUUUGCAGACAGGUUCAUGAUGAGGCGACUUUUGCGUUUUAUAGCACACGGACGUUUCGAUUGUUUCCGACGUACCCUGGAAAAUACUUCAAGAGCAAGAAGCCUCUGCUGGCGAGGUUGAAGCCACAGCAGCGCAAGUGUGUUACGUCGCUUGAGUUAAGACUUGGCCCGGGAUGGAAUGCGCCACCCAGGGGAUGGGUUGUUAACCCCGCGCUGGGGCUCUCCGACUGUGUUGAUGUUGAGCGCUUGAACGUGUUUGUGGAGUGCGACCCCAGCGACAACAUCUUCCAGGGUUGGCGUCGCUCAGAUGGAUUCUACGAGGGCUUCAGCCGGAAUCUACUUACCGAUGUCUUAGAGGCUCUGCCAUCCGUUCAUACCGUCCAGUUCGACGGUUGGACUAGUGUCAAGAAGUCUGGCGAUAUGAUGCAGGGUCUCAUGGGCGUCGUCAACGAAGCUGGCCUAGCCAUUGAAUGGGGUCCUGAGAGAGGAUGGACGGACACAUCUGUUGACGAAGAAGAUGAAACCCAGAGGGUGGGCUAUCCUGAAGGGUUUCCUCAUCCCGGAUAUGAGGCUCAUGGUUUACUGGCUUUGGCCUAAGUGUACGAUUCACACGACGGAGAGCUUUGGCUCAAAUGAGAUUUACGUAGCGGACUUUUAUACUGGUAUGCAGCAGAUAACACAUACACUCUUAGCCUUUUUCAUAAGAUGAACACUUUAGUAGCUCUUUCAUGCUAUUUCAACUCGUGGUAUCGUUCUCAUCUAUGCUUCGUGAAUCCAAAACACUAACAAACUGUCUUACUGAGCCCCAAGCAUUCUAAGUGCAUUGCGCAGCUCCUG